AUGCAUGAGCAUAAAAAAUCAAUCGGACGGGCUUUGCUUUCUACGUAUGCAAGAAAAGGCUUCCAGGAUUAUUCACAGGUUUGAGUUAUAAAAAUUUCUCCUAUUUCUGUUUUAUACUCUACGUCUGGGACUUUCGAACUUUUUCUCCUGAUACUUUUAUCUCGCAAGCAAAAAAAUUAAAUAGAGGAACCAAAAAGGCACUGAAAAAUGAGGGAAAUAAUAAUUUGUUUUUCUUUUGUGUAAUUUUUCAUGCUGCAGUUUUGCAAAGUAGAACUCCUAAGUAAGCUCUAAAACAAACUGCACCGGGAAGCUAAGUUCGAUUUUCAGGCAAGGUUGGGCUUGCAACCACGUACAUGGCACCUUAACGAGGAAAACCAAUUUAAAAUAUUUUAGAACUAACACGAACACGAAAAACAGGUCAGUAAGAUUCUUAAGUUGUUGCGCAAGAACUUUGAACGCGUUGUAAUUGAUUAAGCGUGUAAAAUGCACUGAGUAUGAACUGAUUCAAAACAUUCGAUAGCUAGCGGCUUUUAAUAGAAAUGAUAAUUGAAGCAAGCAAACAUUUUUUAUGAUUGAGCCUAGAGUCUGAUAUAAAACCUGACAUUCGAAUGCAGGCACUCUCGACAAAAGUGCGAGGGAAUUAACGUUUAAGAUGGUAUUUCUUCGAAAUAUCCUUACUUUGUUAAUUUCAGUACAACGGGUAAAAACUAUUUCUUUUUAAAUAACAUAGGUUGUUUUAUCUUCGAAGCAUUCCAAAGGAAAAACUUAAGCCUUCGUAAAUUAUUGUUUACUGCUCGACUGGCUAACCGCUCCCUGAUUAUUUCUUUGUCCAUAAUACGACAUUUAUUUAUCACCUAAAUUAUUAAUUUUUUGCUACAGCUUUGUUAGUAUGCAACACCUGAUCUAUUGAUAUGGCAAUUCAAAAAUAUGCAGUCUAAUAAGGACUGGUUAUCAAACGCUCAUUGACUAAACUUAUCGCCGUCUUGAAAACAAUGAGGAUUUCGAGUUAGGAUACUAACUACUUUCUUCUAUUUUAACGUAUACAUAUCAACCAGUUUUAGCGCGGUCAGUUUCCACGUUGUCAGAGCCGAUUAAGCCUCAAGGUAAUGGUAAAAAAGAGGAGUUAUUGAUAUUUGUUGAAUGCAAGGACAAGCUUUGGCCGUCACCUGGUAUAUUUGAACAAUUCACUGUAAUCGAGAGUGCAAUGGCUGCAUGGGCGGACUGUCCAUGUCCACCGCUGUUGCGAUGAACGAAUCGUUCUUUUGCAAGCAGUUGAGGCAAAUAAAUUCGUUUAGAAUCGAUCUUUAUUUCUAGAAGAAACUCAGUAGAGGCGCUGUUUCUUAGAUUUCGUAACAAUGUAUGUAUAUGGAUGGAACCUCGUUAGAUCACUCACUAGUGUACGAUCUGUGAUCCCUGUUAACAUCGAUGUAGAGGUUUGUAUGUCGUUUGACAAAAAUCAAGCGCUGUACCUUAGAGUAGGAUUUUAAGCUAGCCCGUUGUUAGGAAAAGCGCUCAAAAAUCGAAUAAGUAUAUGUCCUUUUUAUACCGUGUAAAUUCGGAUGUGUAAAUCGCGGUCUGAUAAAGACAAGUGACCAAGCACCUUAUAAUUUUGUCGAUUGUUAAUUUGAAAUGCUAUCGUCUUUGUACGUAAACAUUUUUUUUUGGACGUAAACUUGUCAACAAAGAAGCAAGAAAAUCGGGAUGGUACUAACUACGAGUAAAGCUACACGACCAGUUUUUCAAUCUAGCCAGGAAACUGUGAUAUUUUACAAUAUUAAGCCAUUAUGACAAUGCUCUUAAACUUCGUUGCGAUUAUCCACUUUUCGAGACAUGGCGCUUUCUUCAUGUAGCUGUGGAAGGCUAGUUUUAGAACAGUCGAAUGCAUCGGCUUUUUGUGUUGACUAGCUAGGGUAUAAUCAGAGCCUAGCUCUACACAAUGCAUGACUUAUAAGCGAUGUUUUACUGUAUUGAGAAAUGUACUAGGUUUCUUAGACCUCUCCUAAUCACUGACUUCGAAUCAUUCCUGACUCGCCAAACGAUCCAACAAUGUUAUGAGAAGACAAACCCUUUUCUUAUGGGCAGUAUUGUAAAGAAAAUCCAUGAAAUCUCCGCUGACUUUCUACCUAAAUAUUCCUUAAGUGUGACAGAUUUUGCUUCUUUUAAAACCAAGCGGUAAAUGUUUUGGCUCAAAACCUAACUUGGCUUGAUAAUCUGUCGCGGUUUUCUGGCUAGGACUAUUUCCCAAACAUGGCCGAGGCCGCCGAAGGACACUGCAAACGAAAUGACUUGAUACAGUCUUAAGAUUGAUAUUUACUCCUUAAAGCAAAAUAGAACCAAAAAUAAGUUAACCUUUAAUUGCAGUCUUACAAAUGUAACAGCGGCCUAGUUGUUUGUCUCUCAUUGCUGCCAAAUUGUCACAGACGCGAUUUGGUACAAUGUUUGGCCUACAGUUACUCAAUAAGUUUAGUCAAAUGGUUGUAUAAGUGAAAUCAAGAUGAAUGCCUCGAAAAUUACUGCUAUCACUCAACCCGGGAUCCACCAUAAAUAAUCGUGUCCCAGAAUCAAGAAGUAGUAACUUGAGUAAUUCGAGAUACAACUCAUCUCCGUAAUACAGUUUCACAGACCCUCCGAUGACAAACAGUUACGAAAACUAGGAUUUAUCUCAGUAGAGAAAUAAAAGGAUGGUACCUCACGACCAACACUGGAUGAAACUUCUUAAAACCAGAUGUGUAAGUCUGAAUAAAAAAAAGAAAAAGACAACAGUUCAGUUCUUGCGCUGAACGCAUGCCGAAAAAUUAUAUAACAGAGAUAGGUCACAGGGCAAAGCUUCCCCACGUGCAGUACCAGUUAGGUCUAUACGUCUAGUGCCUGGGUCUAGUGUGGAGACAACUGCAGCUCCCUUAACCCUCAGACGUGCAAUGUACACGCAAAGUCAUACCCUCACCGUCGUACAAGGGGGGGGGGGUUGAUGGACCCCCCUCGUUUUUGAUAUGUUGCAGUAUAUGUUGCAGUUCUUCAACAGAACUUUCACAUGGUACUAUCAAUUUUGUUUGUAGAUCUUACUUUUAAGUCUUUGGAUGAAAUCCCAGGCCGGUGUAACCAUCCAAACGCUUAACAAAAUGAAAUUUAGAAAUUUCGAUGAAUUUUGAUUUAGGCCACUUUUUGAACGUGACAGGAAUAAAUACCAUUUAUUUGAUUCUCAAUUACAUCAAUCUCUUUCGUGAGAAAAUUAAAUGAAACUAAACGCGGGAUAAAACCUAUAUAAGCCGUGUCCAUUUUACUUGUUUAUAAGUGUUUGCUCGAAGGCUUUACGAGUAACCCCGGUAUGACCAAUCGAUAAAAACCGAUAUCGGAAAACCGUUCGAUAAAUCGAUAUCAAUCGAUAAUUUUUAAUUAAUCGAUAUCGAUUUUAUCGAUCAAUCGAUAGAAAUCGAUACUCACAGUCUUCCGCGUAUUUAACGAUAUCGAUUUUAUCGAGUAAUCGAUGUUAACGGAGUAUCAAAAACCAUACAAAAUAAAACUGCUUCUAUGUGGACAGCGUUUUAAUUUAAUAUAAAACAAUGAACAGAAACAUUAAGCAACCAAGGAUUUAUUUCAUUCAGUCAACACAUUAACUUCAUUCUUUGUUUUUUCUUUUGUUUCUUUGGUUCUGGAACCAUGUUUUAACCUAAAAGGAAAAAAAAAAAGAAACCAAAUUUAUAUGUUUAUUGCAUGCAACCGUAUCCCGGUUAAUCAUUUUGACUCUUAUAUUCCCGGUAUAUUCUCGCAAGGUCUCUCGAUGAUUUUACUUUAUAUCUCCAGGAAAAAGCUAUCUUAAAUUCACUUACUUGGUGUUGCUCUAAGUCAAAGUUCUCGGCCAACUUUUCCAUUCUUUCAAAUUUAUAUCAGUUAUUUUUGUUUCAUUACCUCUCUUCUGCUUUAGUUGCGGAGUUCAUCAUUUACUUCGUUUUACUUAUUUAUAGAAUGAUUUUAGCUCUGAUUUGUAGUAUGAUUUUUGCGGCGGCGAGGGUUUUGCUGACAAAACAUUUACUGGAGACAAUGUCUAGCAUUACAACUACGCAGCUUCGUACUUCGUAGUACAUGUAUUUGUAGGAUGUCAUUACGACAUUUAGCUUGAACAGUUUCUGAGUAAAUACAAAAAGCGGUUAUGUUAUGUUGCGUUUCCCCGUUGAAUCAUGCCAGGGAAUCGUGUUAAUAUUAUUUGAUUAUCAGUAUUCAUUCAAUUAUCGAUUUGUUAAAUAAAUCUUUAAAUUCGUCCUACUUGAUUCAUUGAAUCGUAAGAGUGUUUUUAUGGAAGAUUUGAUACAUUUUAGAAAUUCGAUAAAAUCGAUAACAUUAAUUUAAAAUUCGAUAAUUAUCGAUUACUCACAACGUGUCCUUUUAUCGAUUUUAAUCGAUUUCCGAUACAAUUUACUAAUUUUUAUCGAUUGUUAUCGAAUGUUAUCGAUUAUCGGUUUUAUCGAUUGCACAUGCCGGGGAGUAACACAAGAAUUAGCGAAAGAAACGGGACACCGAAAUAUUAUGGUAUUUUGCACUCUCGUUUUGGCUUACACCGUCUUGGUUUGCUCUCACCGGACACAAUGACGCAAGCACUUUAACAAACACUGGCGAAAUUGAAGUGAAUUCCAUUCUCUUUAAGAUUCUAUCUAGAAACGUUUCUCAUGGAAGCCGGGGGAGGAGGUUUAAACGUUGCUCGAACUAUUGAAACUGUUUUACAAUCAAGCACUUUCACCCCAACUUACCUUUACAUAAUACACAUUGAUUCCAGAAAUUUUGUCUACAUAUGAUCUCCAAUAGUAAAUAUCUCGGUUUCAACUCAACAAUUUAAAUGUACAAAAAAAAUACUGUCUUAUUGGGUCAAGGCCUUUCAACCCCCCCCCCACUACCCUGGAUCGGUCAAUGCUCUUCUGCCUGCCUUUGCUUCUGUCCUGCGAUCACGCAAGUAAAACCCCAAAAUAACUGGGCGCAAUUCUCACAAAGCCCUUUUUCCCCAGCUCGUCGAGUUUAUAUUUUUACAUAAAUUUUGGUGCCAUCGUUUAUAUCCUUGCGUAGACGAAUAAAUGGUAAGAUCAAUUAAAUGGUAAAUUCACCUAAAGUCAUAACUGCUAGAGUAUUGCCUGUAGAGUAGGCACUCGAGCGAAACAAAACAACUAGUUCAUACCUGAAACCGAAGGCCUUUAGAAAUUGAGUGAACUGAUAAUUCCUCUGGUUUACAGGACGUGAACCAUUCAAAUGUGCGUUUAUGAAAUGCGUCAUAAGCCUAAACAGGAGGCUAUGCCUGACAAUCCUUGACACAACCAAGAAACCAAGCUAGUUUUCAAGGUUUCUUUCAAACCAGUGUCAUACACCGCUUUUUGCCUUAAUGGUGACUGUCCUUACGCCACUAAAUCAAUCCCAGCAAAGUUGAAAUUUCGGCAUUUCAGUCUCAGAUAAAGUCGUUUUACGUACAUAAUGCGCACUACUGGGUGACAAACAAUGGUGACUCACAUUACUAGGCGCAUCUUGUUUCACAGGCUUAACCGAAAAUUACCAGUGAAGUGUGGAAAAAUCAUUUUGACGUGCAUGUCAUUUUACGUGUCAGCUUAAGAAACGGACUGGUAUGGACUGGUAAAAGGAGGACCCUUAAAACAUGGACUAUAGUCAAAUUCGAACUUUUUAAAACGAACUAGGUAACCUUUGGAAUACGGAAUUCUGGAAGCGAAGAAACACAUUUCCUAACAACCAGUUUUUUGGACUUGAUUAAGCUUCAUUUUGGUUUUUGAGGCAUGCACAUAAGCCAAAAUUUGGAGAGAACUGAGUUUUUGUUUGUGAGUUUUUUUGUUCUUAUUUCGAUCCUUUUUUCUUUCUCUCUUUCUUUCUUUUUCCCUUCUUUUCUAUCAUUAUCUGGUUUUGCUGCCCUCUUUAUCGUCUUUCUUUCUCACUGCAUUAUGGCUGGCUGCUUUUUUUAUGAGAAUAGAUUUUGUAAGAAUAUCGAGGCUCAAAUUUGAGAAAUUUAAAGAAUAUAUUUGAAGAAUAAACCUAAGGCUGAGAUUUUGAAAAUGAUAUAAUAGAUCAUAGUAUUUUGUGUUAAAAAUCUGAAUUACAUGUUUUUAACUUAACCGAAUAAAAUUAUUGCUUCCUCUUGACGACAAAACUACCCAACAAGGGGAGAUCACUAAAAACUUUGGAAGGAUUCAGAGGGGGGACCACUCAAAUUUGCUUGGAAAAUGAAGACAUUAGGGGGGGGUUAUCGCGAAAGUCAUCAAAUGUUAUUAGGGGGAUCACUUCAGUGAAGUAACAUUCAAAGAGGGGAUCGGCUAAAUUUAACCUUCUUUAGCCCCAAAUCCCCCACCCCUCCCCCCCCCCUCCAGGCGAUAAAUAAUGACCGGUCCCUAACCAUAGCCAUAGUGUUUAAUGCUUAAGACAAUUCGAUGAACGGUACAUGAAAUAUAGUCUAUAGUAUACAGCACAAAAGAAAUUAACAAACUGCAAAAAGUAUAUAAUAAAUUCUUUCUUUUAAAAUAUAAUAUAAGAACAAUAGAAGAACAUUUUCAGCCUAAAAUCGGCGGAAAAAUAAGAAUUUCCAGCCUCAGCCGGAAAAACAACAUUCUCACAAAAAGACUGUAAGUUUCAAGACAAGGGAGUAGGUGAACAGCGAAAUUGGCAGUGGGGUUUUUCUCAAACAUCUUAGUGGGUUUUUGUGUGUAACUCUUGCAGGAUUGGUCAGAAUUUUCAAAAUGAGAUAUAUAUCUAUACUUCCUGAACUCGUUGCUCACUUAUCUUAAUUAAUUAAACUUAAAGCUAAGUUUGUUCAGCAUAGUUCUUAUUGACCCUGACUCGAUCCGUGCCUAAGGGGUUUAACUCUUACCUUCAAAACGGAGACUGGUAAAAGGAGGACUAGUAACCCAUCGACUAGCAAAUGAGACGUAGCCUUCGAAAGCCUGCGCAUGCGUCCUGGCCACCUUAUUUACCCCUUUUCCUUCAAACGCCUGCCAAGCAGGCUCUGAAUAGGUAACUGCAGGAGCCCAUAACCCGGAACGAGCAACUCCCAUACUAGGCCUAUGUCUCGGUGUUUUUACCGACUAGUUUAUUUUUAGACACAUUUUAGGGCACUUUUCCCCGCGAAAAUAGAAUCUCCACCAUGUCUAUGAGCGCAUUCGACAAAAAAGGCAAAAAAUAUCAUUUUUAGGUCUGUAGGUUUUGCUGACCGGUUUGUGGAAUAUAAAAGAUAUUCAAAAUCCGCCCCCAAACUGUUCUAAAAAUAAACUGGUCCGUGAAAACGCCGUGACACGCUCCAGGUUAUGCGCUCCUGGUAACUGGUUUUGUUAUUUAUUCAAAUAUUUCUCCUUUUUCUGAUUGGCUCACUGAAAUAGGGCUGUGCCUAAGAUGCUCUAAAACGUUACCCCCCAAAUGCUAAAAUUUUCAAGUUGCUUUCUACAUUUCUACAAGACGUUUUUAAUCAACCUACCAAACAACACUUUCACUGUUCUUUGACUCCUAAGUUCCACGGUCGUUGUUACCACCAGCGGGGUUGGUUUCUGUUUGUUUGGUCGGGAUAUGUCAUUAUUAGCCUUAUCUGGUAUGCUUAGACUCGCACCUCAAGUGGCAUUAACUCUUCGAGGUCCCUAGAGGUCCUCAAGCGAGGGGUCGUACGGCUCCGCCAUUUCAGUUGAAUUCAUCAACUCACCGCUGACCACUUGAAUCGCCUAUUCAAACCACAGGCAAACCAAUGCGAGCAGUGCCCCACAAUGUGUAAUGAAAUGUUUAGAAAACUAUACUUUAUGUGACGGUUGUGACCAAAACAGCCGAAAAAGUGCUUAAAAAAAUUAAUGCUUCAUAUGCCAGUUUGGUGUGUUAUAAUCUGAUGGUAUUGUCUUAGAGCAUCUGAUUAGAAGUUGCCCAAAAUAGACCUUAUUCACGAUACCCACCACCUUUGCACGCGCUUUAGGAUUGAUGGGAUAAAAGCAAGGUCAGGUGGUAGUUCAGGGGACAAAGAAGUGAUAGAAUUUGCGAAUAGGAGUAAUCGCGGUCGAGUUUGUUCAAUCUCGCAAAACGAAACGACGAUUUAAUAGUCAUCCAAAGUGUACGGUUCGAGUUUCGACAAGUUUACGUCGUUAUUUACCUUACACCCAACGUCCCCAAUCUCAACCUGUUGUAACGCAGCUGGAAAUAGCACUCACUGAAUCAAAUGGAAAUAAGACAAAUAUGUUGAAAAGGAAUGACAAAGAACGCCAGAGACGAAAACUGCUGGCAAAGGAUGGUGCUUAGGGCGGGGUAGGAAGCAGGCAGGCAGGAGGCAGAAGAAUUGUCUUCACUAGCCCAAAUUGGCUGUCUAGAUCUCGCACCUUUGCCGGCUCGAUGUUGCGCUGGGUCCUACUACACAUAUAAGCCCCUUUCAUGACUCUGUAGGUUGUAUGAGAAGGUCCAAGAGAACGUCCCACACUUGUUGGUUAAAGGGUCUGCCCACUAAAACGCAGAACCCGCGCUUGCGCCAUAAAAGGCAGAAUAUCAGACUCAGUUCCAGGACGGUAUUGAUCAGCGGGUAUAAACGGAAGACCCUGCUCAGCUAUAGCGAUGACCAGCGAUAAACUGGCCUAUUGGGACAUACAAUUCUGCUUUGUGCAUAACCCGCAGAACGUCACUUGACGUCUUUCAAGUGAGCAUGGAGGGGGGGGGGGUGCGUGGAGAGCGAGAAGCUUACCUGAAAAACGCAAAAAUUACGCCUGAUCUGCAGCACUACGAAGAGAAAAGAGUAGACACGGCAGAUAACCUCGAAGAAAUGAGUUAUCUCUCUGAAUGAUUAAAGUGGCUAGGGGCUACUCACAUGAUACCGAAAUCAUCUUUAUUCUGGAACGAGUUCAUUCCAUCUCCAUGUAUUUCUCUGUAAUUGUUUACAUGAUACCGAACCAAUACAAGUCAUUCCGGGAAUGAGUUCAUUCCAGUUUUUAUUCCCAAUAAAAUUCUUGUCCUGGUACGAAAUUUCAUUCUGGCAUCAUGUAAACUGAAAACGAACUUCGUUUCGGAUUGAAAAUUGCAGAUCAAGUAGUCUGGGGCGAAUAGCGCACGCGUAUCCGAUCUGGCGCGAGAACCACGCAAGCGAGAACACCUUAGGCUAAGCCGUUCGAUUGUAUCACGUGAAUGCAGUACGAACUUCACUCUGGAACGAAACUCAUUACGGAAUGAAAGUCAUUACGGUAUCAUUUCCACGGCCCCUUACUUUCAGAGGAUUGGUCGGGGAUUCAAAUACAGUAAACAAAUAAGUUAAAAGCUAACUUUUUACGCUGUAGCUCUUCGUUAAAAAAUUGGAAAUUGAAUCAGCAACAAAGAGGAUACGAUGUUGAGUAGACGGAUAAAAUCAAUGUAUCGCUAGUAGACCAAUCUAAAGAGCUGGACGUACUUAUGAAAAGUGACUUGGGAAAAAUAAUGAAACAUAGGGCUUAAGGUUGAGACUAGCUAGCAUAGUGGUGCCAAUCAUUUGAGGCCAACGUACUAAUCAUAGUGAUGAUCAGAACAUAAAAUACGCUACUGACAAAUGCUUUCACUCACGUACGAUUUCAGUGGAAUGGUGUACAGUCUAGAGUUCUCGCCUUCGUCGGAAGAGGGAAGGGGGCGGUGGGGGAGAUAAGUGACGGGCCUUGGAGACCUGCUGCCCUUGCCCUUACUUUGAAGGUCCAUUUCAAUAGCACACCUGUAGUAGGAUUUCCACUGUCGCGAAAUGUUUACGUGCCUGAUCUUUCAUAGAUAGCCUGCGAACAGCAGACGUACGUCCUUUACUUCUUUAUUAAUUUACUCGCUGAUUCUUGGCAGGGUCACCGCGACAGCGCGUGGCGCCACUACUUAGGCCCGAACAGUCCUCCCCCGACCCCGACCCCCCCAUGAGAGAUAGACCACCACACCGGGAACUACGUCCCCUUCUCUUCACGAAAAGUGAGUGGGUUCUUUUACGUCUCACAGAAUUUAUAAGUGUAAGUGCUGUGAGCCGGGGCCUACGGUUUGUCGUCCUUAUCCGAGAAGAUUAUAAAGUCUAUAACAGUUUGCGGAUGUCUCCACAAAGGCAGUCCUUUCUCCUCAGUUAUUUAAAGCUACGUGCAAACCGACGCAACAUUGUUGGCCAACAACUCCCACCAUUGUUGGAUGUGACAUGUUGCGUCCGUUUGCACACCCUGUUGCGUGUUUUUGUGCAAAGUUUGAAACAGGUCAAACUUUUAGCCCCGUGCAAACGGGUGCAACAUUGUUGGGAGUUGUUGCGUCAGUUUUCAUGCAGCUCAAAAAUCCUGAGUGUUGGUCCUGCCGGGGUUUGAACCAACGCCCCACGCUUGGCAGCCCCGCGCUUAUCCAAUUGAGCUAACCGGGCGGCGGUUAAACAAAAGAUUAUGCAUUUAUCCAUUUUACGCGGGUAGGCUCUUACCUAAGCUAUAUAUCGAUAGUAGAGGAGACUGGUUAUGAAAGGCGAAAAAGAUCGAAUAUAUAAAAAACGGUGCUGUAGUGUAUUUUGGGACCUCCCUGGUGGUGUUUAAUCCAUUUGUUUUUGUUCACAAAUUAUGACGGAAUGAAUUGAUGCGAUCAGUUUCAUUGGUCGGCUAAAUCCACAAAAUCAUCUAAUAAAUGAGUUCAUAGCCAUCCCCUCUAUUAACACUGUCCAAGCUUACUUGAAACGAAUAUGGUAUCGUAAUCAUCAUGGUGUUUUUACCACAAGAGCUUUCCAAUUUUUUUGACAUGUAUACAUUUUCAAAUUCCAUUUAGAUGAAUUACCAAACUGCUCCACAUCUAGCUUCUCAGCAUGAUGAUCUUUUAAGUGUCUCCUCCGAGACAAUACCAUUGUAUCAUCUACUACCCAUCAAGGAAGAGGCAGCAUUAGACCAAAGCUGUUGCCAUGGAGAUGGAUCCGAGCUAAUAAGUCUGAGCGGCCUGCUAGAAACUGCAUUUGAUAUUCAAGAUGAAAACGCCACUACCAAUACAACGUUCAACCACGCCAACGAUGGCAGCUCCUUUUCUGUAACUCAGGGUUGUCCUGACAACUGUCCCUGUGUUUGCCAUGUACCAGCUCCAUGCACUUCCUUUAAUCAGAGGCGCCCCUCUGUGAUCAUGACUCCUGUGGCUAGACGCCGCAAAGCAGCAAGUGAAUCAUGUACACACGCUCCUCUUAAGGUACGUACAGGUACUUUAGGGAGCUUAAUCAACAGCGUUUUAGAGCGACGGAAGUCUACUGGAAGUGGACUUUUUGCAUCAUUGGACAGUGGUUUGGUUCAAACUCUCGGGCAAAUCGUCUUAAUAAGGGAAAAGAAACUUAGCAAUACAAAUUUGUUAGCGUAAAGGCACGUAAAAAGGCACGGCUGACGUGCGUGGCUCAACAAGAGAGCUUAAAGCAAAGCCGUUUUUAGCGACGGACCGCUACCGGAAUUUGUUGUUGUUGCUAUUUUUUUUUCAUCCUCGGGCAGUGAUUUUGCCCAAAUUUGGUAGCGUCAAGGUUUAUUAACAGAGAAAAGGCCACACUUCCGGUUGCCGUCCGUGGCUCCAAAAAGCCUUUGCCCUUCCUUGAGAAGACUAGGGGUAUACAGGCCUUGCCCGCUGUGCAGGCAAAACUCAUUUUUCGGAUUCGAUUUGCCGACCCCUAGGAUUCUGAAAACAAAGAAGAUCGGGGAGACGAUCUGGAGUCAUGAGUUUCCGUUUGAAAUUCAUCAUGGUGGUUAUGAAUAUCCCGAGUCAGUCCUCGCGGGUAAACAGUGCAAGAAAAACACCUGCAUGAAACUUUAUACAACACUUGUCCACGUGCACUGUAUUAUCGUUCGGUUUACAAUUGGUGGUGUCAAAGUACAGAACGAACGAUGUUCUACUUGAUGAUGUACCCUCCACCCUCAAUUUGAAAGCUCCCCAUAACUAAACCCAUAGCAAGUCCCAGAAUCAUAGUUUGAAGGCCUAGCAAAUUCCUCUGUGAAAAUCGUCAUUUAUUGUUGGCGAGGCUGUUUGGGAUGUCCAGUUGCUUGCCCACGAAUAUGAAAGUAAAACCUUGAUGGCGAUCUUUUUAAACGGCAGGGAACUCUUUCGAUAUGUUUUUAACUUUUUUUUCUUUAUUCUUCUUCCUUUUCAUGGGGGAGGAGGAUUCGUGUUUUUACUUCUUAUUCCAUAGACAAACACAUUUGCUUUGACAGACAAUCUUUGAUGGAGGAACGCCACUUGAAGCAUUUUUCACAAAGUCUAUCUUGAACUUCUUUAGUGAAAAAAGUAACUUUACCAAAAGGAAACGAAUGGCUAAGUUAUUCUUCUGUGGUUCUUUAACCAGAUUAACCAGAUUGGAGAAAACCUUGAAAAGCCCUUCCAUAUCGUUCCAAAUCAGGACGUCGUUACAAGCGUAAGUGUUUAUGUUGUGUCUUUUGGUCGAGUCAAAAUCUGAGAGCGCUAAAGACAAGAGCGUUCUAAUGGUAAAAGCAUUUCGAAAUCUAGAAACUACGAAACGCUAUUUUCAGCCGUUUCUUCAUGACGCAUUUCUUGAAUAACAUCACAGAUCUCAUUUAAAUGUAAAAUGGCGCUUUAAAGACUGCUUACAAGGUUGUUCGUUCCACGCAGUUUGAUACUGGUGUAAAAGACACGACGAUGCUGUUUUUGUACAGGUACCCCCAGUUCACGCGUGAGACUCGUUGUUGCGUAACAGAAAUAUUAUAAGGGUUUGUAUGGAGAUUUAAGGUGACUCGACCCAGUUUUUUGGGGGGUACCAUCCUACUUUGAAGCUCUCUGGUAUCCCCACCUUUACUUUUAUCGUAAGUCUAACACAUAGAAUGGAUAACAUAUAGAUCAAUCUACAAUAUAACAUAAAAUUUUUGGCGAUCGGAGUAAAUGUCACGUGGUUAUAAUGCCACGCCCCUUUCAGGUCUGAGUCGAAAAUCUGCUGUUGCCAGCAUUUUUUCGUGAAAAUCUCUCGGCUACACAUAGUGCGCAAUAGUGCCUUGCGCUGAACAGAGUUUCACCAAAAUCGCAAAGACCCAAUUCGAGAAAUUCAGCGGUUUCCAAAUUUAGGUCAUAAUUUAUGCGAAAAUGAUAAGCAAACUUUACAAGGAUUAUAUCUAAUAAACUAUGAGAUUCAUCUCUUUAUUUUGGGCAUCGUUGUAACAGAUGGUUCCUUGCAAGUCAGCAAAACAAUUUAGGGCCUUGUAAAUGCGCGCCAUUUCGAGCAAAGCAAACAUAUAGAAAUUAUAGUUUUCGCUAUUUGUUGACAUUUGUCGGCGUUUAAGAGUCAAUCUCACGAAAAAAUCGUUUUCUUAAAAAAGUUCGUAGUUUUUUUUCCUUCAAAUUUUUUCAGGGCCACAAUUGAUUAACUAACUACCCGGACUCUGAAUUUCAUGGUCAUUGAAAAACUGUGACAUUAUCUUCUAUAAGCCCAAACUUGAGUAAACAUUGAAGAUUUUUAGCGUUUUGGCUGAGUUUGUGCUUUGGGAGUUGUCUAUUGUUUCUAGUCUGUCAUGAUACAGCAUUCUUGUUCAGCAUGCGUGCAAUGACCGCGCUUGGCUGACUCAGACCUGAAAGGGGCGUGGCAUUAUAACCACGUGACAUUUACUCCGAUCGCCAAAAAUUUUAUGUUAUAUUGUAGAUUGAUCUAUAUGUUAUCCAUUCUAUGUGUUAGACUUACGAUAAAAGUAAAGGUGGGGAUACCAGAGAGCUUCAAAGUAGGAUGGUACCCCCUCAAAAAACUGGGUCGAGUCACCUAAAGCGAUCGUUAUUUAGGGGUCAAACACAGUAGUAAAGAUACAUUAGAAUUUCGUAAGCUGUGUCCUUGUCUAAAUUUAUGGUGUUUUCUUUGCAUAUUUGGCCGUUCUCAGGCGAUUCCAGCGAGUUUUAUGACGCAAGAACGAGUCUCACUAGUGAGCUUGGGGUACCUGUGGGUUUUCGUUGUCUCGUUAUACACCACACAUCUUCUACCCAUGCAGGGGGUGUGUUAUUUCACCAGUUAUUAUAUAUUUUGCUAAUUAGCUUCGUUAUAGUUGAUCUAUUCUCAUGAAACUUAAGCUUUAUAAGUUUUGCUUAGACGGCCAGCAGUCUCGCUUUAGCUCUAAGUGGGCAAGGGUGUGGGGUAGGGAAAGAUGCGUCAUCGUCCUUAGUUUAGGUACUGAUCGUUGUUGUUUUCAUCAUGGUUAUCUUAACUUGUUUCUUCGUCAUCGAUCAUCCUGGCACUAUCAUUUGCAUUCGGCUCUUUCUUUCUUCCUCUUCCCCAUUGCUAUUACCGAUCUCCUCUAACGCAACGUCGUCUUCUGUAGCUUCGUACUCCUCGUCUUAUUCAACUAUUUCGUUCCGUUCGUCGUAAGCAUUUAUUUUCUCUCCCACAGAUCAACUGAUUCUUUUUGGUAAGGGGUAUUGAAUGUCCAGUGACAGCUCAAAAAGAGAAAAUUAAGACGGAAGACAUUUGAGUGGGCCUCAUGCAUGCUUGAAAUACUUGAAGGCGGCAUUGGCUUUCUGAUAAGUGACUUUCCCAACUUCAAACUCAUAAACCAUCAUGCCUUAAGCUUGAGCAUUCCACGCUCGCAUUCAUCUCUCUCUUUCUUGAUUGCAAUAUAUUUAAGUGCUCGUUUGUCCUGGCAUUACGAUAAAAAGACACAGUGGAUUUUGGUGAUGGUGAUAAUGCUUGAUAAUGGUGAUGAUGAUAUGUACAGAAACUGUCGGUUGAAACAGAGGACGCAAAAAACCACUUACUUAGCCAGCCAACGUUUACCAUAUAUGGUGAGUGCAUAUUGUGAGCAACUUUUAUGCCUCUUUCAACAGGAGGAACAAGAAAGCAACGAGACUAUCGAUGUCAUUCCCGAGAAAGAAAGCAACAAAAGGGUGGUAAGUGUAUCCAAGAGAGAACAAUGA